CAUCUUUGAUCAUCUGGUAGAUGAAUGAUUAGAUUGCUGUUGACGUGAACGUAUGAAAUAUCUAUAAACGAUGGAAUUGUCGGAGGUUGUCAAUACACAGUAUGCGUUUCCAGUUGGAGUUGUGUUAAUAUGUGCUGUAUUGGUAUUUGCAUUUGGAUUUAAAUCUCCAGAGCAACCUGCCUUUGCUCAACUCACAUAUACGGGCGAUGACCGGAAACCAGCUGGCAAGAAACGAAAAGUGAAGGAUAAGAAAUCUCAAUCUAACGGACAUGUAACGACUGUGAGUGAUGAUAAUGCAGAAGUGAAACAGAAGAUAAAUGAUGCAGCUAGCUCAAAAUCAAAUUCAAGUAAGGUUGUAGGAAAACAAAUGAAAGAAAGUAGACACGACAUAGAGAAGUCUCCUGCAAAGGAUGUAUCUAACAAGGUGUCUGUUAAGCAGCAGAAACAGAACAAACAGGAAACAUCUCCUAUUAAAGAGCAGCCAACCAAAGAAACAGUCAACAAAUCUGUGACUACUAAAGCUCAGAAAGAAAACAAGAAAGAAACUUCUGAACCAUUGGCAAAACAACUGAAGGAGAAAAAGCAGGAUAUCUUAGAGAAAUCUCCAUCUAAGGACAGUAACAAAAAUUCUUCAUCUAAACAAUCAAAGGGCAAAGGAAAGGAGAACCAGGUGGAAGAGAUUAAGAACAGGAAGAAUGAAAAAAAUCUUGCAAAGCUGAAAGCCGAAGAAAAACCACUUGAUUUUGAUGAUGGGGAGUGGGAGCAAGCACUUUCAAGGAAAGAUAAGAAAAAUCGCAAAAAGGAUGAUCCUUUGGUGAAUGAUGAUGCUGUUCCAGAAAACAUAGUGAAAAAGGAAACAGCCAGUCCCAGUAAGAAGAAGAAAGCUAAAAGCAUUGAUGCUGGCAACACUGAGGCAGUUCCUGUGGAGGAAGCUAAGAUUCUGGAUGAUGACAAUGAGAGGUCUGCAGAGGAGAAGCCUUCCAGCAAAGAAAAAAAGGAUGAGGUUAAAAUUCCAGAGAAGGAGGCUGUGCCAAUCGUCGAAGUUAUUGUAACACCAGACGUAAGAUCAACUGAGGAGCCUGGAAUUACCCCAGAAACUGUGUCUAAAUCAAAGAAAAAAAGCAAGAAGAAAUCGGCCAACAAAUGUACAGAACCCGAAAUGCCUGUGGCAGUUGAGACAACGACAGAAACUCAGGAAGUACCUGCAUCUCCUCCAUUUGUGGAGAUUGAAGUUCCAGAGAAUAAACAAAAUGAAGUUAAGGAAGAAGUAAAACCUAAGGUAGAAAGCAUACCCAAGAAUGAACCAGGAAACACUGUGGCUUUUGAUGAACUUGGAGAUGUUUGGAAAGAAGCAAAAGCACAGAAGAAAAGCAAGAAGAAAGUACGCAAGGAUCAGUGAAAUUGAAAGGAAAACAAAUAAAUGUGACAGCUUGAUAGAAGCGGCUGAAAAAAUACAGUUAAUCCGUCUUCUUGAGGUACUGUGAGAUUUAUUUUUCUACAAUGACUGGAGUGGAAAUAAAAAAGAAUGCUGUAGAAGGUGGUAACUACGGAUUAUUGCAUCCUAUAUUCGAAUUGUGAUGGCCUUUGUACAAUUCCUGGUUGCUGUACUCUGUGCAGCUGGAUUCUGAUUGGCUAAAAUGGAAAGUACUUGAAGAGAAACCCUGUAAGUUACAGUGCCAGGACGUGUGUCACUCUUAACAGUUGCUUAUAGCAGCAGUCAUUUGUUUCGGAUUGCCUUUAUAUUGAGCGUGGAUCUCAAGGAAUAAAAGACUAAGCAGAAAUUUGGUACCUUUGUUGAAACACAGUGAGCUUUGGCACAUUAUGGUAUCAACAAUGCUAUUUCUUGUUACUCUUUUAAUUGUUAAAGAUGUCACACAUUUUGGAGCUAGAACAGUUUACAUUCCUGAAUACUAAUUAUAGUGAUAUUCUGAAGCUGAGGGUUCAGUAAAACUGUACCUUGAAAUGUAAAUUAAUACUUAUAUUGUUUUAAAAUGUGUCACAUAUGAUUGAGACACUUAAUCACGUGUCGUUACAACCAAUAUAUUAUUUUCAUGUUUUAAUUUCUUUAUAAUUUAGCUUGUUCAGAGCUACAUUGCAUGCUGUUAAAUUUUUGUGUCCUAUACAUUUCAGGAAUGCACUUUCAAUCUCAUUUUCAGCUUGAUUCUAUAGGGGUAUUACGUAGAAAAGGAAUGUCAGUGAUUAUGGAUAUUUUUUUGUCAUUAUUCUUGAUAUCUAUGGGCUGUUAUGUUUGAGAUUUUUGGAUGGGCAGCAGUUAUAAGCCAUAUAUUAGCUCCUAUCAACUGUUCAUUAUGAAGUGCAAUAGAUAAAGCACUAGAGAGUUAAAAAAUUCUGACAAAAUGAAAUGGGAGGUUGGGUGAUGAAAGUUUGCAGUAUGACAGUAAUAUGGUAAUCAAAUAAUUGUGAGGUGAUAUCCAUUGAGUUUGUUCUAGUUUCAUUAUAAUACUACAUAUUCCAUAAACAGAUAUUUUUGUUAGCGUACACAGUUAUACAAGUAAAUUUAAUAGUUCUUUCAUCAUUCUGGCCCAGGUGUAUGAAGUUUGCACAAUCCCCAUAUAACAAAUAUUUUGCAGAGGCAAGAACAACUUCUUAGAUAGGAUUAAAUUUUGGGUAGUUCAGCACCAUCUUUCCUGGGGGGGGGGGAAUUAUUGUUCCUGAUAUCACUGUAUUAAACAAAAUCAACAUAUAUGUAUUAUAAGAUGCUAUGGAACAUGCCACUAGUAUAUUGUCUGAAAUGAAAACCUUAAUAUGAGCACUGUAAUUUUUUGCCUUGAACGUAAAGUUAUAUAAACACUUUAAAUUCCUACUGCAUUACAACACAGGCAGUUAGAUAAAAUUUAAAGUACAUGGUUUUUAAAGCUUAUUGGUUAACAGAAAUUAGACAUUGUUAGGGCUUCUAUUUUAAGGCGACAACCACAUAAACACAUGGAUAUGACUUGCCAUGGAAGCGUUUUUAUUUUUUAAAGCUGGAAAAACUGUGGGUCGUUAUUUGGAAAUCAUAUACAGUUUUCUUUUUCAUUAAAGAUGCAGCUAAGUUCAUUAUGCAGAUGAUACGCAGUUUGAGAGCAACAUCAUUGAGGUGGUAGAUAUCGUAGUUAUCGCGUAUGUCGUCAGUGAAAUUUUACUGUUAUUCACACAUGACAUGCAAACUGAAUUUUCCUUUACUAUUGAAGGAAAAAUCUAUUGUAAGCUAUCUGUGAACUCUCCACUGGGGCAGAAUGCCAACUGUUUUGUUCAUGUUAUACUGAUAGGCCACUUUUCUUCUCGGAAUGAUUUAUUUAGUGCAUGUAUUUAUCCAUAAGGGAAUAUAAUGUAUUUUGUUUUAUUCAAAUGCGGUUAUGUUUUUCUUUAGUGGUGCAUUUUUCACUUUCAUAUUCUGUUAUUGUACUACCAUUCCAAAAAAAAAAAAUCCCAAGGACAAGAGUUGCAGUGUAAUUCUUAUGUAAAACAUGGAGUAAGCAUUAUUAACAACUUUCCACAUGCAACUCUUGAAAUCCCAUAACAGUUCCUGUUGUUACAUUUCCUUUUUUUUUGUGUGCGAACGUAAUUUUAUUUGGGCCACAUAUUUUUAUAUGCUGUACUUUGUCUCUCUGGAAAUAUGAUUUAAGGAUGCCCUAACCAGAGUGUGUGUGCGAGGCCCAGUCUAAUUAAUUAAUAGGUUUUUUGGUUGGUUUUUAUUGCAUAAUUUGGAAAAUUUAAUUUAGAUAGAAUUAAGAUUGUUCACUUAUGUAGAGAUGGUUGCUGCAUUAAAUUAAAGAGUGUGUGGGUGAAUCUGAGGCAGGUAGGUAAAUAAAGCAUAUGAGCUACUGUAGUAUUAUGUCUGGUCUACAAAAUGUCAGAAUAUUUCUACAAAUGUGGCUCGUGUUUGACAACCCUCAUGUAAAGAAUGCGAUUUAUACAUGACUUGUUUUGUGAGUUGUGUAGUAAUAGUACUAUUGUUUUUUUUUUCCAGACACUGAAUAAGUUAAUGAUUUUAGAAGAGUUAACAGUGUGUGUGACUUCUUGCCAUGAAAUUGUAGUGCAUUUACUGUGAUAUGGUUGCAUAUGUUCUGUUUCAUCUCAUAGCAGUUAUCUUUCACGCUGCUAGAGGUUUAUUCCCUUGGUACACUUCAUCUUAAUUCUUGGCUUUCUAUUAUUAUUAUGGUUUUGAAAAGAAUAAUGUCUUUGUUGAAUACAUUAAAACUUUAAUUUUCCUUGUCAUUAUUUGAUAUAAAUGAACAUCAAUGAAACUGGUAAUCUGUAAUUAUCUCACCUGAUGACAUUUUGACACUUGUGUGGAUUAUGCAUAAGGCAAAGGGCCAAGUCACAUUGCCUGGUGCUUAUCAAAGCUGAUUUGUUCAUUAGCAUAUGUUGAAAGACCAGUAUUUUUGUUGUGUUGAAGAUGAUUAUUUUUAAAUUGAAUGUUCACAGAUGGAAUCUUACAGGUCAUUGGUGUUACUGUAUAUAGAGAAGGCUGUGCAAUAAAACAUGUUCUAUCUAUUGUGUAAUGGGUAUUCACUGUUAGCAGUAACUUUAAACUUUGGUUGAACCAAAUUUGGUGUAAAGCUUGUCUGUAUAAAGUACUUCUUAUGUAGAGUAGGCACUGCAUGCUGCUGGUGGAUACCUGGCAUGAAGUAUCCAGAUUAAAACAUUGUUAAUAUGGUCAUUAUAAUAGGUUAGUACAUUUUUGAUAUACUGUCCUUUGUAUGAUAUUUUCAACUGUUCACAUACAUAAUAUCUACUCAACAUUGCUUCCUCUUUUCUCUUUGCUAGGCAGGGAUUAAUGUGUUGACUAUCACACUCCACAGUAAGACCGCAUGAUAGAAAUGUGAACACUGCAUGGGGGUAAAUGGAGUUGUGCAGGAAAACCUGCAAUACUUUCCUCAGAUGACUUCAGACAACAGAAAUGUUGGAUUUGAGAUUCGGACAGAAGUGACUAUGAAAAGUGCUAUCUUCUCUGUAGUCUGUAGUCUGUUAGAAGCUCACCGAUACAGGCUUUGCUUUCUCCCUACUUCUUGCUGCCAGGUUGACAUGCUCUUCAACCUUGAAAAUGGAGGCACUGAUGAACUUCUACUGGACCAUAUGGUGUUACAACCCAGAAGAUAGCCCUCUACAUCAACAUAAAUAUUUCAUGUGAAUACCUGUCCUGUCCUCUAAACAUCAGUGUCACACUUGAUGUCAUCUGUUGACAAAAAUGCUGUACUGUUUGAGUAAGAGUUAGUUGAUCUCCUUUGGUAUGGCAGAUUUAGUGCAAGUAUUGUUAUCUGCUUUAGUUGGUACAUGGCAUGCAAAGGGUUAAGGUAUGUCCAUUGGCUGUGGAUGUAUGCCAUCUCUAAGUAACUGGCUAUCUAAUUUCAUAUCAUAUCACAAUUUUAGUGACUAUAGACAGGGUUUGGAUCUGUAAUUGGAUUUAUUGGACACUUUUACAACUUGUUAAUUACACAAAUCACUGUAGGACACACUAGAUAUUCUCAGUCUGCUACAUUCUUCACUAGCCGUUGCUUUGUAGUGGCUUCCAAGAGCCAAUGUUCUCCUUCCUCUGGGUUCCUAAAUGGUCCCUAGCUUCAGCUACCAGCUUCUCACAGCAGCAGCUUCCAGCUAA